AUGUCAAAUGUCUUUCACCAUGCUGUCAAGGGAAAGGAUGAGAAUGGCAAUGAUGUCUAUCUUAUUCCAUGUCCUACUGGAACGACUAAUGUCGAACUUCAAUCCGACUGGCACUAUGCUAGUGAAAGUGAAGACUUCCCAGAUCUUGCUACUGAAGCAGAUCAAGGUAUGCAGUUUAUUCAAAGCCGCAGAAAAGAAAGAUAUCCAUUUGGUUUGCUUGAUCACGUUAUCAUGGACAGUGGUUGCACCAACACCACCAUUUGUAAUGGUGAGCUCAUGCAUGGACUACGUCAAGCUGAGAAAGAACUUGAUAUGCAUACUAACGUGGGCAGCAGAGUUCUUGAUGAAGAAGGGUUUCUAGGAAGAUUUCCGCCUCCAUUCUAUUAUGAUGAAGACGGAAUUACCAAUGUACUUGCUAUGCGCGAGAUGAUUGCUGCGGGAUACUGCAUUACCAUGGAUACUGAUGUUGACAAUGCCUUUGUUGUGGAUUGCGAUGGAGACAGAAAGAUGCGAUUUGUGAAUUGCAAGGGUGUAUAUGUGUUGGAGCAACUUGGAGCGAAUGUCAAACCAGGUGCCAAAGAGACAAGUGCGAUGUAUUGUUGCCAGUUAAGCAACAUAAAUAAACAACCCCAUUUCGAACUUUCUUCAAACAGACAGAAUGGAUAUGCUGGACUUGGGAUGACCUUGAAGAUGGCAACUGUUUGA